AUGAAAUUCAAGUUCAAGGAGAGCCACACCUUCGAGCAAAGGCAGCAGGAUUCAACAAAAAUUAAAAAUAAGUAUGUUGGUCGAGUCCCGGUCGUUGUGGAGCGUCAUCUCAAUUCACAAAUAGCUGACAUUGACAAGCAUAAAUUUCUUGUUCCAGAUGAUGUAACUGUUGCUCAAUUCAUGUGGAUAAUUCGUAAACGUAUUGACCUGUCGUCAGAAAAAGCUCUUUUCCUUUUUGUUGGAAAGACAAUGCCUCAGGCCAGUGCCACAAUAGGACAAUUGUAUGCUGAUUUUAGUGAUCCUGAUGGUUUUCUCUACUUCUCCCUUCCUAUUCUCCUACACUCCUGUAAUAAUAAGAGUACUGUUGGUGGUAUAUCAAGUGUCUUGGUGACCCUUGAUUUAUUCAUGCUUUCGUUGGUUUUUCUUUGGUUUAACGGCUGUGCAAAAUUUUUUGUUUUUCUCACAAACAAACAAAAAAAAAGCACCUUGAUCAUUAUUGGCUCUAAUAAGUUUAUGCCUAUUGAGAGUAGUGUACUCACUCAUAUUACAGUGGAGUGUUAUACUCUUGUUGUACUCUAA